AUGUUCGAUGACUCGGACGGUGCGUCAUCUGAAGAUGAUAACUUCAGCACAUACGGUGAGUCUCCUAUCGAAGAAGACGAAGAUUCACCAACGCUACCUUCCAAGAAGAGAUAUCAGAACUUCUUGAUGAGCGAAUCUAAAGGGAAUCUGGAGGUUUUGAAGUUGGAGAUGUCGUCGUUAGACCUUGCGGUAGGACAACGAUACUUGACUAAAAAGCAUUUGAAGAGACGACUGAAACUUUUUACAGUGAGGCAUCAAUUUGAUUUUGAUGUAGAAAUAUCAAACCUGACAACAUACGUUGUUAAGUGUUGGGUUGAUGGAUGUACAUGGAGAGUUCGUGCAUCUACCGAAGGAUUGUCCCCGCAGUUUUAUAUUCGUAUUUACGACUCGGAUCAUGCAUGUUCUGUAACUGAGCGUUCUAAUCGAUCUCGAAAUGCAACACCGGAUAUUUUAGGAGAGUUGUACAAGAACUUUCUCGGCGACGUUGGUCCGGCCGUUCGCCCUGAGAGUGUCGGAAUAGCUAUCACUAAGCAGUUUGGUGUAAAGAUGGAAUAUUGGAAAUCACACCGGACGCUUAAAUGUGCAAGGGAAAUCGAUGAGGGCACACCUGAGUGUGGUUUUGAACUCUUGCCUUCUUACUUAUACAUGAUAAGAAGGGCAAAUCCGAAUACAGUUACGCGUCUUCAAAUCGAUGAGCUUGGAAGAUUCAUGUAUGUGUUUCUUGCGUUUGGUGCGAGCGUUAAUGGGUUUCCUUUCAUGCGCAAAGUUGUUGUCGUCGACGGUACGUUUCUUAAUGGUAAAUAUAAAGGGACGCUACUCACAGCACUAGCUCAGGAUGGUAACUUUCAGAUUUUUCCAAUAGCCUUCGCAGUGGUUGACACUGAAAAUGAUGAUUCGUGGAAUUGGUUUUUUACGCAACUAAAAGUGUUGAUUCCUGACCAGGAGGGUCUUGCGAUAAUAUCAGAUAGGCAUAACUCGAUAGGGAAAGCAAUUACAAAUGUGUAUCCGUUAGCUGCUCGUGGAAUAUGCACCUAUCAUUUGUAUAAAAACAUAUUGGGACGGUACAAAGGAAAAGAUGUAUUUCGGCUGGUGAAGAAAGCGGCGAGAUGUUUUAGAAUGUCUGACUUUGAUAUGAUUUUCGAGGAGAUUGAAGCACUUAAUCCUGAUCUCCACGGCUACCUCGAAAGAGCUGAUGUCAGACUGUGGACACGUGUUUAUUUCCCGGGCGAGAGGUACAAUUUGAUGACUACGAACAUAGCGGAAUCAAUGAACAGAGCAUUAUCGCAUGCUAGAGGUCUUAACAUUGUUCGAAUAUUGGAAUCGAUACGGGUUAUGAUGACCAGAUGGUUUGCUGAACGAAGAGUGGAUGCCAGAUCGCAGUCAACCACACUCACGCGCGGUGUGGAGAAACUAUUACAAGGACGUGUAAGUGCCUCCCGGGAUUGGACGGUUCAAAGGAUUGAUGACCAUCACACUGAAGUUAAAUAUGGCGCUGCUGGCGAGUCUUUGAAUGUUGUUAAUUUGGUUGAGCGAAAGUGCACAUGUCGGCGUUUCGAUGUCGAGAAAAUACCAUGUGUACACGCAAUCGCAGCUGCAGAGGAAAGAAAUGUUUCUCGUAUAUCACUGUGCAGUCCUUACUAUAAAAGCACUUAUUUAGCUAGCGCAUACGCUGAAUCGGUCAUGCCGGUUGACUCAGCGCUACCUGCUCCAGAUAACGUGGCUAACGUACAGUGCUUUCCACCAUUUAUUCGUCAACAACCGGGAAGACCUAAAAAAAAUAGGAUGAAAUCUGCUUUAGAAGUUGCACUUGCAAAAAAACGUCUUAGGAAAGAGCACAUAUGUUCUCGUUGCAGUCAAAGUGGACAUAAUGCGAGAACUUGUCCGAUAUAA